UCUCCCUCCCCCCUUUCUCUGGCCCAAGUUUAGGCUGACUUCACCCAACAGGCACCUGACCCUCCCAGAUGAGCUGGGAGGGGCUAAAGCGCCAUGCACAUGGGGUGUGGGUGCAGGCAGCGAACGAUAUUUAAGAUGCUGAGUUUGCAGGGCAUUCAGGCUUGGGGAAGGAAAGCUAUAAGAUACCCAACUAAGCUGCACUUUCAGAAACUCAAGUUCUGAGAAAAGCUAAGGAAGAGCAAGGAAGGAGAGAAAACCACCAAGUGAGCAAGUGUGAAGUUGCAAUUGCUGCAGCUUUGUAGACCGCAGGGAGGCUGGGCACAUCCCCAUUCCCCCAAAGGAAGAGCCUUCCUCACGCAGGCCCACGAGAGAUGCUGGCAAAGACUCUCUCAGCCAUGACCUGGCUCUGCAUUUUCCUCUUGGCCUUUGUCAGCCAUCCAGUGUGGCCACAGAAGCCCCCUAAGCGCAAGACACCUGCGCAGCUCAAAGUGGCCACCUGCUGUGAGGAGGUGAAGGAGCUCAAGGCCCAAGUAGCCAACCUCAGCAGUUUGCUGAGCGAACUGAGCAAGAAGCAGGAGAGGGACUGGGUCAGCGUGGUCAUGCAGGUGAUGGAGCUGGAGAGCAGCACGAAGCGCAUGGAGUCGCGGCUCACGGACGCUGAGAGCAAGUACUCGGAAAUGACCAACCAGAUUGACAUCAUGCAGCUGCAGGCCGCGCAGACUGUCACGCAGACCUCGGCAGAUGCCAUGUAUGACUGCUCGUCCCUCUACCAGAAGAACUACCGCAUCUCGGGGGUGUACAAGCUUCCUCCUGAUGACUUCCUGGGCAGCCCUGAGCUGGAGGUGUUCUGUGACAUGGAGACGGCGGGCGGUGGCUGGACUAUCAUUCAGAGACGGAAGAGUGGCCUUGUCUCCUUCCACCGGGACUGGAAGCAGUACAAGCAGGGCUUCGGCAGCAUCCGCGGGGACUUCUGGCUGGGGAACGAACACAUCCACCGGCUCUCCCGACGGCCAAGCCGGCUACGUGUGGAGCUGGAGGACUGGGAGGGCAGCACGCGCUACGCUGAGUACAGUCGCUUUGUCUUGGGCAACGAACUGAACAGCUACCGCCUGUUCCUGGGAAACUACAGCGGCGACGUGGGGAACGACGCACUCAUCUACCACAACAACACGGCCUUCAGCACCAGGGACAAGGACAACGACAACUGCUUGGAUAAGUGCGCGCAGCUCCGCAAAGGUGGGUACUGGUACAACUGCUGCACAGACUCCAACCUCAACGGGGUCUUCUACCGCCUCGGAGAGCACAACAGGCACCUGGACGGCAUCACCUGGUAUGGCUGGCACGGCUCCACCUACUCCCUCAAACGAGUGGAGAUGAAAAUCCGCCCGGAAGACUUCCAGCCCUAAAAGGAGGCCUGCUGUGAGCAGGGCGGGAGAAAUGGAGACAAAUGGAGGCUGGGCAAGGACGGAGGAGAGGAAGAGAGGGCGGCAAGGCUAUGGACGGAAAAUGGCCUAAAAUCUCCAAUACGAGAGCCAGUCUCUGAGGAGCACAAUACAAUUGCAUGUACCAAGGAUGUCACACUAAACAGGAUGAAGUAUUUAAACACAAUGGGUCCUGACACGUACUCCUCAGGGGGCUGGCCAGAGUGGGCUUUAUCUGCUGUGGUCCCUGACAUAGCAAGUUUUUCCACAUGAUUUUUCUAUGAAAGAAAAAUAACUGUGAGAUCACGUUCCCCAUUUUCCGUAUGGCCUAAGCUUAUGUGAGGGCAGACGUUAAGUCCUUUUGCUGAAAGGAACCAUAUUAUUUUGAUUCUCAAGGAGAGGCCCUGGGUGUUAGAGAAAGGAAUGGAAGAGGGUGGUGGGAGAGAGGAGCUUCUACUUUGGAAUCCAAUGAAACUACCUUUCGCUGGCACAUUUUCUUUCUAAAGACAAAAGUUAUUCUGCUGGAGGUUAGCUGACCCAGGCUGGACUUGACUGGACGGCACUGGGCCUUGCCCCUGGCCUCCCUGAGCACCUCCCCUGCUUGGCCUCCAUCAGGGCACAGCACUGAGAGCAGGAAGUGGGUCCAGCAAUGGCCAGGGAGCUCCUACGGGAGGUGACGGAAGGUGCCCUUGGGGAUGCCAGCACAAAACUGCCCUCAACUACUCACAGUCACAGAUAUAUCUACAUUUCCUUUUUCAGAAAAGAGCUUCCUCUUCUACCUUGUCUAUGAAAAGGGGCUGAAACAAAUGAAGGCAGAUGGCACUAUGCUUAAUAACUCAUGCUGUAUAUAAGCAUUUUGCUUUGUAAAAAUAAAAUAUGAUAGUCUGUUUUAAACA